UUCUGGACUCACAGGAAGGGGGGAAAGAAACAAGCAGGCCAAACAUUUGGAUCAUUUGGCUUCAGGACGCCACUAAAGGGGGCCUCGAAGGGCCCUCCAUUGUCCCUCCUUUCCCUCCCCUCAUUUUAUUGCUCCCACAACUCUUUAUAGAGCUUCACAGUCUCAACUACUUCAUCUCUCCCCGCUGUGACUUUCCUACCCAUCAUCCUUUUCCCGAUUCCCUUUCCUCCUCUCUGUAGCCUCCCCCCUGCUCUCCCACCUCCCCUCUUUUUCACCACUCAUCUGCAUCAGCUUCCAAGAUAGAUUCCCUCAGGAGCAAGGUUGAUCUGCUCAAGCUGCCGUUGGCUCUCUCCACCAAGUCUAUCUCUGAGCGCAAGAGCCAGCUGGGAGGAGCCGGCGAGAGGCGCAGCACGGGUGGAGGAGGCGGGGCUCGUACAGCCCGCUCACCGCCGACCCGAGACAUGGACAACGAGUCACAGUACUCGGGCUACUCGUACAAGUCGUCUCACUCCCGAAGCUCCAGAAAGCACAGGGAUCGGAGGGACCGGCAUCGCUCCAAGAGCCGAGACAGCAGCAGCCGUGGAGACAAAUCGGUGACCAUCCAGACGCCUGGAGAACCGCUGCUGGAUGCAGAGUCCACCCGAGGAGAUGACAGGGACGAUAACUGGGGGGAGACCACCACUGUCGUCACUGGGACCUCGGAGCACAGCAUCUCAAAUGAGGACCUCACCCGCCUCACCAAAGAUUUGGAGGAGUCGACGCCGCUGGAGUGCAAACGCUUCAUUGGCCCGGCGCUGGGAGGCUGUCUAAGCUUCUUCGCUCUGGUCACGCCGCUAGCCUUCCUCAUCCUGCCGCAGGUCCUGUGGCGAGAUGCCCUGGAGCCCUGCGGGACUCCCUGUGAGGGCCUUUACGUCUCUCUCGCCUUCAAGCUCCUGGUCCUGCUUAUUUCCUCCUGGGCGCUGUUCCUCCGCCCUCCCAGAGCCACCCUCCCACGUUUCUUCGUCUUCCGCUGCCUGCUGAUGGUGCUGGUGUUCCUGUUCGUGGCGUCGUACUGGCUCUUCUACGGCGUACGGGUGCUGGAGCCCAGAGAGCGGGACUACAGGGGGAUCGUGGAGUACGCCGCCUCGCUGGUGGACGCUCUGCUCUUCAUCCAGUACCUUGCUCUGGUGCUGCUGGAGGUGCGACACCUGCAGCCGGCUUUUUGCCUUAAGGUGGUCCGGAGCACGGAUGGAGCCAGCAAGUUUUACAACGUUGGGCAUCUCAGCAUCCAGCGAGCCGCCGCCUGGGUGUUGGACCGGUAUUACAGCGACUUCUCCGUCUACAACCCUGCCGUGGUCAACCUUCCCAAGUCCAUCCUGUCGAAGAAGAUGACCGGGUUCAAGGUUUACUCCCUGGAUGAAAACCCUACCAAUAACUCAACGGGCCAAUCGCGGGCCAUGAUCGCAGCGGCUGCCAGGAGAAGGGACAACUCCCACAACGAGUAUUACUACGAGGAGGCUGAGAUGGAGCGCAGGAUUCGCAAGCGCAAGGCCAGGCUGGUUGUAGCGGUAGAAGAGGCCUUCACGCACAUCAAACGCCUCCAUGAGGAUGAAGUGGCCUCGUCUCCUAAACACCCCAGAGAGGUGAUGGACCCUAGAGAAGCCGCCCAGGCCAUCUUCGCUCCGAUGGCCCGGGCCAUGCAGAAGUACCUUAGGACGACGCGGCAGCAGGCCUUCCACAGCAUGGAGAGCAUCCUCACACACCUGCAGUUCUGCAUCACUCACAACAUGACACCCAAGGCUUUCCUAGAGCGAUACCUCACCCCCGGCCCCACCAUGCAGUACCAGCAGCAAAACGGCAGGGGGCGCCAGUGGACCUUGGUAAGCGAGGAGCCCGUCACCUCGGGCCUUCGACAGGGUCUGGUCUUCUCCCUGCGGCGCUCGGACUUCUCCUUGGUCGUCACGGUAACACCGCUUCCUUUCCUGCGGCUGGGGGAGGAAUUCAUCGAUCCAAAGAGCCACAAGUUCGUGAUGCGGCUGCAGUCGGAGACCUCGGUGUGAGGGCGGCUGAUGGAUCUUCUUUCUUUCCGUCCUGCAGCUCGCUCCACCUGGAUGUGACGGGACACCCUGUCAUCCAGUCAUUCCUUUCCUCCUCUCUGACAGAACCUAAUCAAAGGGAGGAGAGCAGCUUUUCUGAUCAUCAAACUGUUAUCGGCUCAAUGAUUGUCCUGACCCCCC